AUGCCUGUGGAAGGGAAGUCCAAGCAGAUCUGCCAGGCUGGAGUGCCUCAGUGGAUAGCAGCAUGCACUGGAUUGCCACAGACAACCACAGUCCAAGGCCAGUGUAGAUGGAUGCUUGGAGGCAUUUUCCAGAGACACAAGGCUGGCCAGUUCCAACUGUCUAAACCCUGUGGAUUGACUCAAGCCAAUGGAGCCAUUACACAACAAAACAGAUGGUUUUAUAAUACAAAUAAGCAUCUUUCUGCAAAAGAUUCCCUGCAGUCCUCUGGAGAGAAAGUGGGUGCUUUCACAAGGAUAAUAGAAGCAAUGGGUUUCACAGGACCACUGAAGUAUAGCAGAUGGAAGAUCAAGGUGGCUGCGCUGCGCAUGUACACCUGCUGUGUGGAGAAAACUGACUACGAGGAGUUUUUUAACAGGUGCCAAAUGCCUGAUACUUUGAAUUCAUGGUUUCUAGUAGCCCAGCUUCAUGUCUGGAUGUGCCUGGUACGGAUGAAGCAGGAGGGGCGCGCGGGGAAGUACAUGUGUCGCUACAUCGUGCACUGCAUGUGGGAGGACGUGGAGCAGCGCGGGAAGGUGAUGGGGAUUAAUUCUGUUGUCCUAAAGGAAGACAUGAGAACCAUGGUAGAAAACUUCUAUGCAGCUCUGUUUGGAUAUGAUGAGGGAAUCUUGUCUGAUGAUCACGUUCUGGCAGCAGCUCUUUGGAGAAACCUUUUUAACAGGAACUGUGAGGACCCUCGGCACCUGGAGCUACUCGUCGAAUACGUGCGCAAGCAGGUGCAGCACCUGGACGCGCUGAGCGGGGAGGAGCUGCUGCUGACGGGCGAGGUGACCUGGCGGCCGCUGGUGGAGCCCGGCGCCCGCAGCGCCCUCCGCCCGCCCGGCCCCGUCUACAAUGACGAAGGACUCUGA